CUGCUCCAGUAAAACUACAAUCCCACAAUCCUUUGUGCGAAGCGAUGUUUCUUGUCGACGUGGGAAGGGAGGCAUCCGGACGCAAACAAAUAUUCACUGGUUUGACGUGUGCAGUGUUGUGAGGUAGCCGUGGAAUGACAGGAGAAUUUGGCAGACGAGCCGCGGACAACAUUCGUAACCAUGUGGCUUAAACCCGAAGAAAUAUUGCUGAAAAACGCCUUUAAAUUGUGGGUCACGGAGAAGGAUAAUGAAUAUUUCGUGCUCCAGAGAAGGCGAGGAUAUGGUGAAGGUGGAGGCGGCUUGACAGGUCUCCUUGUGGGAACGCUGGACACCGUGCUGGACUCCACAUCAAAAGUAGCUCCUUUUCGCAUUUUGCACCACACACCAGACUCACAAGUGUAUUGGUCCAUUGCAUGCGGCGUCACUAAGGAGGAGAUUGUCCAGCACUGGGAUUGGCUCCAGCAGAAUAUAAUGAGGACGCUCUUUGUUUUUGACUCCAGCGAGGACAUCACCAGCUUUGUACAGGGCAAGAUCAGAGGUCUGAUUGCUGAAGAAGGGAAAACAUCCCAUGUGCUGGAGGAUAAUCCAGAGAAGUUCAGAGAGGCGUACUUGAGAUUUGAGAAUUGGUUUGCCUUGCCAGCGGAGGAAAAGCUGGUCACAUAUUACUCGUGCAGUUACUGGAAGGGCAAAGUGCCCUGUCAGGGUUGGCUGUACCUCAGCACCAACUUCCUGUGCUUCUAUUCUUACCUGCUGGGAGCUGAGGUGAAACUGGUCAUCUCCUGGGAUGAGAUCUGGAGGCUGGAGAAAACAUCAAAUGUCAUCCUGACAGAGAGCAUCCACGUCGUGGCUCAUGGGGAGGAUCACUACUUCUCCAUGUUGCUGCACCUUAACGAAACCUUUGUCAUCAUGGAGCAGCUAGCUGACUACUCCAUCAAGCGCCUUUUUGAUAAAGAGGCUUUUGAGAGAGAGAUACCACUCUCGGACCCCCUGCAAAUUACCAAAAGAGGCCUCGAAGCGCACGCAAAGAGUGAGCAGUUCCGGACAUUUUUCAGGCUUCCCAGAGAAGAAAAUCUGUUAGAAGUGCACGAGAGUUUCCUGUGGGUGCCUUUCAGCCAUUUAAAUACACUUGGCAAGAUCUGUCUGUCUGAGAGCUACUUAUGUUUCGCCAGCCAGGAUGGGAGCCAGUGUCACAUCAUUAUUCCAAUGCGUGAGGUCGUAAGUGUCGAAAAGCCCGAUUCUAGCAGCCGGGCUUUAACGGUGUGUGUGCGUGGGAAAAGGGCGCUGCGUUUCACCGAGGUGCGGGACUACCAGCGUCUGGCGACCACGCUCCGAAGCAGGUGUGGGAUCACUGCCAGCCCUCAGCACUCCGCUUCAGUUGAGAUCAUACAGGGCGAAUGUCAGUCGCUCAUCAACCACUUUGAGGACAACCCAGAGGACGUGACUCUCAUGGUGGGCCAGAAAGACAGCAGCAAGGCAGUGAGCACUGAGGCUCUCAUGACUGUUUUUCACCCUCAGGAUGUUGAAAACCUCGACCCCAAAAUGCUUAAAGAAAAGAUGAAGGAGCAGUCUUGGAACAUCCAUUUUUCGGAAUACGGACGUGGCACAAGUAUGUUCUUUACCAAAAAGACACGUGACUUGAUCGUCCGUGGCGUCCCAGAGGCCUUGAGAGGAGAACUGUGGAUGCUUUUUUCAGGAGCUGUAAACGACAUGGCGACCCACCCCGGCUAUUACACAGAGCUGGUGGAACAGUCUCUAGGGACAAGCACGUUGGCGACAGACGAGAUUGAGAGGGACCUUCAUCGUUCUCUACCCGAGCAUCCUGCCUUUCAGAGUGACACUGGAAUAUCCGCUCUUCGUAGAGUCCUCACUGCGUAUGCCUGCAGAAACCCUAAAAUUGGCUACUGCCAGGCCAUGAACAUUCUCACCUCUGUGUUGCUGCUCUACGCCAAAGAGGAGGAGGCCUUCUGGCUUUUAGUGGCCGUUUGUGAAAGGAUGUUGCCAGAUUAUUUCAACAGGCGAAUUAUAGGUGCUUUGGUGGACCAGGCUGUCUUUGAAGAUCUGAUUCGCGAGAACCUCCCCCAGCUAGUAGAGAACAUGACAGACCUGAGUUUCUUCUCAUCUGUAUCCUUGUCCUGGUUUCUGACGCUCUUCAUCAGUGUACUGCCCAUCGAAAGUGCUGUGAACGUGGUGGAUUGCUUUUUCUACGACGGCAUCAAAGCAAUCUUGCAGCUCGGGCUGGCAGUGCUCAACUACAACAUGGAGGCUCUGAUAAGUUGCCACGAUGAUGCAGAGGCUGUCACCAUCCUUAACAAAUUUUUUGACAGCGUGACAAACAAAGACAGCCCGUUACCGCCAACAGUGCAGCAAGCCCCCGUGGGCAACAACGAUAAGUCAUCUCACUUCAACGUGGACAUCAGUGAACUGAUCCGAGAAGCCUACGAGAAAUUUGGCAGCAUUCGCUCAGAGGAAGUGGAAAGUUCACGAAAGAGAAACAGACUGUUUGUGAUCCAGACACUGGAGGACACAACCAAGCAAAAUGUUAUUCGCGUGGUAUCCCAAGAAGUCAAAUUCUCCCCACUCCAGCUUGAUGAACUCUACAAUCUGUUCAAAAGGCAGCAUUUUCUCAGCUGCUACUGGACUAUGAAAAGUCCCGCACUGCUCCAUCAUGACCCGAGUCUGGCCUACCUUGAGCAGUACCAGCUGGGCUUUCAACAGUUCGCUGUAAUCUUCCCCCUGCUGGAACCUUGGACCUUUUGCACCAACAACAGCAAUCUUUCGCUUUGGGUUUUCCGCCUAAUCGACGAGAACCAGGAUGGGUUAGUCAACUUCAAAGAGUUCUGUUGUGCCCUUGAUACUUUGUACUGCGGGACCUUCACAAACAAGCUUAAAUUCCUUUUCAAACUGCAUCUGCCGCCAGCCUUCACAGGUAGUCCUUUGCACGCACAGGAACCCAGACUCCCAAACUUUUUUCCAACGACUGAAGACUCACUUCACUUGACUAGACUUCCUGAAUUUGCUCUUCCAGAAGAUGGUGUGAUUAAAAAAAGUCCUGAGAGAGGUAGAGGAAAAGUGGAUCUCCAGGCAUACCUGAAACAAUGGCAGAAUGAAAUACUUAGGAAAGAGGAAACCAUCAAGGACCUUCCUAGAAUCAAUCAGGCUCAAUUCAUUCAGUUCUCCAAGACCUUGUAUAACAUCUUUCACGGCGACCCAGAGGAGGAAUCCUUAUACCGCGCUGUGGCCCACGUUACCAGCCUCCUCCUGAGGAUGGAGGAGGUGGGCCGCAGGCUUCAGGAGUCCAACAGCCCGGCCUCGCCCUCAAAGCCCGCGGGCGAAGCACCUCCAACCGCCGAAAGCUCAGACACCUCCAGCCCCCAGGAGGCGGCGCCCGGGCUCGCAGAGACGGAUUGGUCCUUUUCAUUCGAGCAAGUCCUGGCGUCGCUGCUCAACGAACCGACGAUAGUUAGCUUCUUUGACAGACAUGUAGACAUUCAAAGUAAAGUGACACAAGCACAAGUAGCCCAGCUGAAGCUAACAGGAAAUAACAAGUGAGUGGACGCAUUAUUCAAUCAUUGGAAAAAGUCUAUUUUUAUUUUUAUUUUUAUUAAUUUCUGACCCUUGAGCAGAAAAUAGCGGUUUAGAUUAGAAUAGGCAGAUGAAGGGAAGGGCAAAAAGGGCUGACAUGCAGAUAUGGAACAUGCACACAGGAAGCACCUUAUUAAAUCUUACAUUCUCAUCCCACUAUUUACUCAUCUGUCACUCAACAGUAUUCCACUCACUAUGUUGAGUUUUAGUUCCAUUAUGCUGCGCUUCAAUGUUGCACCCAUGCAGCCCCCUACAUUAUUAAAAUGUAUUCUAUAAAACACAUAAUUACAGUUUGCCGUACAAUAUUCAAAAGCCUGAUGGAUGAGGCUGUCCUUAUACCUGCCGAGGCCACCAUUGUACUGUAAAUGUCAUGUAUACAGUGCGUAGCUGCGUGCUGAUGUGUGUUGUCCGGUGAGCCCGCAUCUUCUCAAUUUUUCAUAUUGUGCAUUAAGUCAGGCUAAACACUGAGAAUGAUGUUUCUUAAUUUGUAACACCAUCUCACACACAGUAUCGCUAGUACCAGCGCAACUGCAUCAACAGUGUUGACGUUGAUUAAUAUGUAAUACAGCGACGGAAGGUUUAUAAAGGCCACUGAAGGAUACUUUAGUUUAAUCAAAUCUCAGGGUGCAAUUUGCGUACGUGUAACUGUUGUUUUAUCCUGAGAAGUGUAGUUUGACCUAUAUGACUGAAUUGUGUAACGCUCAAUGUGGAGCAUGUGUAGCAGUUUUCAUAUUGUCACGCUUUAGCCUUCAAAGACAUGCAAAGGCUGCUUACGCUCACUUUAUUUGCAUAUACUUAUUCUACAUUAUGCCUUCUUCUGAAUCUCUUGGAGUAAAAGAGACAUUUAACCCUCAGGGGACAAAGUCUUUUUUUUUUGUCCUUUCACAGUAACUUUUUGUUGUAUUUUGGCCACAAUUUUUUUCUGUUCAAUUUUAAAAUGUCUAUGUCCAGUUCUUUCACAAGUGUACAAUACACUGACAGUUAUUAGAAAAUACCCCAAAGCCAUAUUGGACAUAAAAGUAGGCGAUUUUUGUGAAAAUGUAUGCGAUCUCCUUUUAAAGCCGAUAACGAACACUGAUCCCCUCCGGCUUGCAUUGUAUUUAUUUUUAGUUUCCACGCUGACAAGCGGCGAGCAUCUUAUUAUGUGUCUAUAUACACAAAAAAUAAACUGCGUUUCUUAGUACCCCAAGUAUCAUUAUCAAGUAUCGUUUAUAAGUGGAGGACCAGCCUAAACAUGUUAAACACCGAAAGCAAUCCAGGAGUAGGCAUGCUAAUAGCUAUGCUAACCACUAAGCUGUUUUUUAAACAACACAAAAAAUACCUACAACUUAGUAAAGUUUAAGACAGGGGUCCUUAAACUUUUUGACUCAGAGGCUGCAUUGGGUUACAAGACUCAGAGGCUGCAUUGGGUUACAACAAUUUGGCCGGGGGCCGGGCUAGAUAUAUAUAUAUAUAUAUAUAUA